AAUUGACAGAAUGAUUUUGUUGUCUUCACGUUGUAUGUGGCAUAGGUUAUUUCGGUGUAGAAAUUUAUCACCAGUAUUAACACUUUCUAAAAUGUCUACUAAUCAAUUAUUAGACGUAAAAAUAAAAGAACAAGCUGAUCUUGUUCGUAAUUUAAAGGCUUCCAAAGAAUCGAAAGAGAAAAUUGCAGAAGAAGUAGAAAAACUUCUUGCGUUGAAAGCUCAACUCCAAAUUGAUGAUGGCAUUAGCAGUAAUAAUCAGAAAUUUGUCCUUAAAACUCCGAAGGGUACAAGAGAUUUUGCUCCAGAACAAAUGUCUCUGAGAUUAGAAGUUAUGGAUAAAAUAACCUCAGUUUUUAAGAAACAUGGUGCCGUAACUAUUGAUACACCAGUUUUUGAAUUAAAAGAAGUUUUAACUGGAAAGUACGGUGAAGAUUCUAAGCUUAUUUAUGACUUGAAAGAUCAAGGAGGUGAGAUACUUUCCUUACGUUAUGAUUUAACAGUUCCUUUUGCACGUUACCUUGCUAUGAAUAAAAUUACUAAUAUCAAACGUUACCAUAUUGCCAAAGUAUAUAGAAGAGAUAAUCCAUCGAUAACUAAAGGAAGAUAUAGGGAGUUUUAUCAAUGUGAUUUUGAUAUAGCUGGAUCUUAUGAUCCAAUGAUUCCAGAUGCUGAGUGUGUAAAAAUUAUGUAUGAAAUAUUAACAAGUCUUGAUAUGUCUCCAUUUGUAAUCAAAUUGAAUCAUAGGAAAUUGUUGGAUGGAAUGCUAGAAGUAUGUGGUGUUCCUACAGAAAGCAUAAGAACUAUCUGUUCAUCUAUUGAUAAGUUAGAUAAGUCUCCUUGGGAGGAAGUAAGAAAGGAAAUGGUUGAAGAAAAAAAUUUAUCACCUGAAUCAGCUGAUAAAAUUGGAGAAUAUGUAAGAUUAAAUGGAAAAGUUGACUUAGUUGAAAAGUUACAACAAAAUGAAGUACUUAGCAAAAAUAAAAGUGCCCAAGAAGGAUUGGAAGCCAUGAAGCUAUUAUUGAAUUAUUGUGACUUGUAUAAUACAUCAGAUAAAAUUUUAUUUGAUCUGAGCCUUGCUAGAGGUCUAGAUUAUUACACAGGAGUUAUAUAUGAAGCUGUAUUACUAAAAGAUAAUAAUGUUGGAGGUGAUAUCUCAGUAGGUUCGGUAGCUGGUGGGGGUAGAUAUGAUAAUCUAGUAGGAAUGUUUAAUCAAAAGAGUAAGCAGGUUCCUUGUGUUGGAGCAUCAAUUGGUGUAGAAAGGCUAUUUACUAUUAUAGAAGCAAGGCAAGCAAAUUCUACCACUAAAUGCAGAAAGACAGAUAUUGACGCUUACAUAGCAUCCGCCCAAAAAAAUUUGCUGGAGGAAAGAAUGAAACUGUGCUCUGAGCUUUGGGAUAAGGGCUUUAAAGUGGAACAUUCUUAUAAGAAGAAUCCUAAACUUUUAGUGCAGUUGCAACAUUGCGAAGAAAACGGCAUACCCUUUGCUAUAGUUUUAGGCGAAAGUGAAAUUAAAAAUGGAGUUGUCAAGUUAAGAAAUGUAGAAACUAGGCAAGAAACAGAAGUGAAACGGGAAAAUUUAGCAGAUGUGUUGAGGGAUAGCUUGAGCUCAUUAAUUUGAGAUAAUUAAAUUAUUUUAUAUUAGGCACAAUGUUUUCCUUUUUUCUUGUUGAAUUUUAUAUAUAUUUAAAUUAUAUAUUUUAUAUGUUUUGCAUUAUCUUUGUAUUCAGUAUUUUUUUACGAAUUUUUUAUAUUUGUAACUUAACUGACAUAAUGUAACAAAUAUAAAAAUCACAACAAAUCCACCAAAUAUACAAUAGUAUUGCAUCAAUAAACAUAAUUGGUACCCUUGCUGAGUUUCCCU